AUGUGUCCAUCUGUAAAUAUUACUGAUGAAGGAUUGAAAUAUUAUACAAGAAAUGAGGUUUCUGAUCAUUCAUCUGUAGAUGACGUUUGGAUGAUUAUUCAUGAUAAUGUCUAUGAUAUUACACCAUUUCUUGAGGAACAUCCAGGAGGUAUGGAUAUUUUAUUAGAGUACGCUGGAAUGGAUGCUACAUUAUAUUUUGAAAAUAAAGGGCAUUCAAUUAGUGCUUGGAAAAUGUUAGAAGCAUAUAAAAUUGGCAAACUUAGUCUUGAUCGUCAUUCUGAAUGUAAUAACACAACUGAAAAUUCUUUUGGGAUUUCUAUGCUUGGUGUUGUAGCUAAAUAA